AACUCCGGAAGUCGUUUUUUUGUUGUCAAUUAUUGUCGGCUUGUGCUUCAGCGUCAUGGACUUCAAUGAUGGAGUUGAUGAUUAUUUUUGGACGGAUUAUUGUUCGGGGAUUUGGAGGAAAUUGCUGUUACGAUGGAGAGAGGAUGGCGGGAGACUUUGAAGAGCACAAAAACAGCUGGACAUAAUUCAUGAUGGAAUAGUUGGACUUUCAGUUGGUUCUAUUAUUCAUCCAUUGGGUUUUUUUUUAGAAUUCACGUUAUGGAGACCCAUUUUCUUGGAUUUAUGGAACACUCCAGUGGAAUCAUCCAAAAGGUACGUGAACUACGACUGGGACGUCCUGACGAUUGUUAGAGGGACUGUUUGUUGAUGGAAUACCCAGUCGACCCUCGUGUGCCCAUGGAGCCAUCGAAUGAUCACUUCCAUCGGUCAGUUGUUUAAAAGUCGAUCACCAAAGCUUUGGGCCUCUUCCAAAUUAAACAAUAUAAGUGAGGUUAUGUUGUAGUUUAUUUACAGCAUUAACAGUUCUGUUGAUUUUUCCCUGACUGAAACAUCAUAAGCUGUAACGUCCCUCGCUGAUCUGAUUGCAUUCAGUUAUAUCAAUGUCAGGAGCACAGGAUCGAUGACGAAGAUCGAAGGGGAUUCGCAACUGAGGCAAAAUAUUUAACGAAAAAGGAUCUCUGAAGCCCCCACCUCGAGCUAUCAUGGACCCUCCCUUCGAGCGUCAACUCAGGUUGGAUCGUCUCGCAAUGGUCCAGGUGUCAGCGACCCUCUGGAGGAUUCCCUGGGUCGUCCGCAAAAUAAAAGCCUUCUUCAUACGAGACUACGCAUCUGAAUUCAACCUUCCCCAUGUCAAGUACACGAUCGAUUUUCACCAGAAGAAGGCGUGGGGUCUAAUAAUAGUCAGCAUCACCACCAUAAAAGCCUCCUGCAUUCCGGCCUUCCUCAAGCCCCCGGUUAUGUACCUGGUGGAGCAGAUGGGAAUGCGGAUUUUCGAGUGGUUACGUAGUGUCGCAGCAAAACUCCUCAAGUACUCAACGUUCGAGGAUUACCCCAGGAACAUCGAAUACUUCAUCGAUAACAUCGAGUGGACGUCAUUAGGUACAAUCGACAGGAUAAAAGUAUUCAAAAAACGUUACAACAAUCCAGGAAGUCAGAAAAACAUUUUCAUGUGGUACGAGGCAUGCAACUACUGCCUGAAGGACUACGCCAGGAACGUGUGGGCUCAGAUGUCUCCUGAGGCCAGGGAGGAGACAACGGAGAAGGUCACUACAAUGCUCGAUGAUGACUUUUGUCUGAUGGGAUAUUGGCAAUCGAUCAUCGACGUUGUUCCUGAUCUCAGGCAGAAGCUGUUCAACGACAGACAUAGGAGUGUCGUCGCUCGUAUUUGCAAUUCUCGUGAGUCGAUACCUGUUGUUAUGUUUAAGCUGGCGGCGCAUCUGGGGAACGAGCAGGCUGUCAAGUACUUUUGGAAUAUCAUGACGAAGGUGGAGAGAAUGGGCAACGCCCUGCGUGGCUGUGAAAUCAUCCUCAAGAGGAGGUGCAUCUUUCCUUUUUGCGAAGCCACGUUCUGCAAGAAGUGCAGUGAUAUAUUCUGCUUUCUUCUUUGUCAGAUAACUCCUGAGGAGAAUCAGCAGCUGAUUACCCAUGAGUUGAACAAGGGCUACGAUCCGUUCGGCACUUGGAUGCUGCUGCUCAACUGGCCCUGGGAGGAUCUCUUUCUUAUGAUGGUCGACAGGAUGUGGCCAGUAUUGAGUAUAUUCGAUUGUAAAUUUUUUAUUAAUAAGUUUGAAACAACGGUUUUUACGGUGGCUUCUCAUUAUAGUCUUCGGGAGACCAGCAUUUAUCAUAAGGAUGUACUUUACAAAGUUUGUUUGGACAGCCCCAGAAAUUUGAGGCCACAUUUUAUGAGCAGGUACAAACAAUUUAUGGCACUAGAGCCUGACGUCACCAAGACACCUGAACAAUCACACAUUGAAUUGUUGUGCAGGGAGAUCCAGUACAGGAAAUUCAGACUGGAUAUGGAAAACGAGUUUCGUUAAAAUCAUUAGAUCGAGGGAGUUAGGGAAUUUGGGGGAAAUAGUUUGUUGAUCAUUUGGGGGUAAAUUGUUGACGCAUCAACUUGUUCUAACGCCGAUUGUGGACUUGUUGCAGUCGGUAGGAACGUACGACUGUAUUUGUGAGGAUUUUUUUUAUUGAAUCUGAAGAAUUUAUUAUGGGAGAGAGUCGACUUCGGUUUAGUUGAUGGAAUGUUUUGUUCCAUUUUUUUAAGUUAGAAAAUUAUUUUUGCAGUUUUUGCGAUUUUUAGGGACUUCCCGUUGAUGUUCUGGGAUUUUAUAGUUUUGGGGACACGAUGGAUGGAGUUAUUGUGUAUAUUUGCUGUUGUAAAUUGAAUUGUGCGAAUGUAUUUAGGAGAUUUGUGACUUUUGCAGAAAUGAUAAUUAUUUGGAAGUAUUUGGAAGUAUUAGUUUAUGUAAUUAUGAUGACUAACGAUUUUUGUAAUCAAUAAAAGCAGAUUUGGGAGGUGAAUAUAGAA